AUGUGGCCGCUGUGGCUGCUUGUCCUGGGGCUGCUGGCGGCGGGCCCCGCCGAGGCCCAGGCGGACUCCAGCGACGGUUUUCUGGAAUUUUCUGUGGGAAAAUUUACAUACUUUCUGCUGAGCAGGCCCUUUCCACAGGAGGGCAUUCUGCGCCACAUAUCAAGCAACGUGACCUUUCUCCUUUUCCAAAUACACUCACAGUAUCAGAACACCACCGUUUCCUUUACUAAGACUCUCCUUCCUGGCGCCUCGGCGACAGGGAACGACAGAGGGCUGGUUUUCAUUCUCAGACCCGAGCAGACUAUGUGCACUUGGCAUUUGGAGACAGAGUAUGCCAGGCCUGUUAAAAAUGUGGCCAUUCCACUCUCCUACUCAGAAAGAGAUCCCAUUCCUGGAGGCUGUAAUUUGGAGUUUGACCUAGAUAUUGAUCCCAACAUUUACUUGGACUAUAAUUUUUUUGAAACAACUAUCAAGUUUGCACCAGCAAAUCUAGGCUAUGCGAGAGGUGCGGACCCUCCACCAUGUGAUGUGAGCACGGGCCAGGAGUCCCGGUGGAGGCUGCGGUAUGAUGUGUACCGGUACUUUCUCCCCGAGGGCGACCUCACCGAAGCCUCGCUGCUCCAGCAUCUUCAGAGGAUGGCCCAGGUGCCCCAGGUGGAGGCCAGUGCAGUCAAGGUGGUUACCCUGACAUCGGACGAUAAAACAACCGUGUCCUUCUCCUCCCUCCCGGGGCAAGGAGUCAUUUAUAAUGUCAUCGUUUGGGAUCCAUCCCUAAAUACUUCUGCUGCCUAUGUUCCCGUGCACACGUAUGCUUGCAGCUUUGAGUCGGCGGACGGUAACUGUGUCUCACCUGGGAGAGUAUCUACCAAAGUGUUCUUCACUGUGUUUGCCCUGCUUGGGCUCUUCGUUUGUUUCUUUGGACACAGAUUCUGGAAAACAGAAUUAUUCUUCAUGGGCUUCAUCUUCCUGGGGUUCUUCUUUUACAUCCUGAUCAGCAGACUGACAUCCCUUACCUACGAUGUCCGCCUGGUCCUCACCGCUGUAGCCGGCAGCGUCGGUGGCAUCCUCCUGCUGGCCUCCUGGUGGCGAUUUGGGACCCUCAUGUUCUGUAUGCUGUGUGUUGGACUCGUGCUGGGUUUCCUCGUCUCUUCUGGGACUUUCUUCACUCCUCUGGGAAAUCUACAUUUGUUUCGCGAUGACGGAGUGUUCUGGGUGACGUUCUGUUGCGUAGCUCUGCUCAUCCCAGUCAUCUUCAUGGGCUGCCUAAGAAUAUUGAACAUCCUGGCGUGUGGAGUUGUAGGCUCCUACUCCAUAGUGCUGGCUGUUGACAGUUAUACCUUCACCAGCCUCUCCUACAUCACUGUGAACAUCCUCAGGAGAGCGCUCAACACAGACUUCCGAGGGGCUUUCAUCGGAGUGCCUUUCCAGACUAAAGACUUCCUUGUCCUGGCUGUAUGGGGGAUGUUGGCUGUCAGUGGCAUUACACUGCAAAUUCGGAGAGAAAGGGGACAGCCGCCUUUCCCACCCCAUCCCUACAAGCUGUGGAAGCAAGAGAGAGAAAGAAGAGUAACGAACAUUCUGGACCCCAGCCACCAUGUCCCUCCCCUGAGAGAGAGGCUGCACGGCCGACUGACUCAGAUCAGAGAGCUCUUUCAGAAGGAACAGCCGGCUGGAGAGCGGACACCCCUGCUUCUGUAGAAGGCUGAGGGCUUGCCCAGUGUGGCUCACCCUGGAGUUUUCCUCUAGACUGCCCAGCUGUCCCAGGCUCUGUUGAUGUACAGGUGUGGAGUUAGGAUCUGAGGUGACGGUGAGAAAACCCGCCAGACAGCUGGUUGUAGGCGCUUUGCGUCAUUCUUCACAAUCUUUGCAAGUUUCCUUUGGUUUAUAAAUGCGAUUAAUUGACGUGUUUUACAAAAUACCAGAUGAUAAAAGUGUCGGCUCUCCUCAAAGCCCGGGCAUCUCUUACAUGUCCUUGGACAGUUCUGACUCAAUCUGAACCUGUGGAGGGGGUUGGCUGGCAGUGGGUACUUGCUUUGUAUGUGCAGGCUUAGGGAUUUGAUUCUUUGCCCUUGAAUGUUAAGAUUACGGGGGAAGUAACUCCUUUUCAUUAAAAGCAGUCUGACUACUUGGCUGCAUCUCACAUUUUAAAUCAGGAACCCUUCAUUUCUUUCAAUAUUUAAGCGGUUUAUUAAAAAAAAAAAAACUAUCCUAAAAUAAAUUAACAUAAAUCCCCUGUUGUUUUGCCUCGUAGUAAUUUAAAUAAAUUAUCUCUGUAAUUGAAAAUAGCUCAGUUUAUUAAAGACAGGAGAACUUCGAUAUGGGUAAGGUAUAGCCCAAAUGGUGACCACUUAAAGCAGUGCGUGUCGCUGCUGACCUUUCUCUUCAGUUGCAUUAGACGAUGAGAGGAUAGGUCACUAAUGACAAGAACCCUUUGUGCUGCAUGCUGUGUGCGAGGCAGCUGGAUCAGCACCCGCGGAGUUGUUCCCGGUGACCUGUCUGUGCUAAGCCCCUGAGCUCUGAAGCUCUGAGGAGGGAAUCAACUAGAAUAGACAGUGCAGUUGGUUGUGGCUGUGGCUGACGUAACCACUGCUUCCCUGAUGAUGCUUUUUAGUACAGCAGGCUACAGACAUUUCAGGUAAUGGGAGAGGUCUUCAGUUUUGAGUGUUAAAAAUGUUUAAGAUAAAAACAAUGAAAAAAUUAUAAACAAACCCUUUUGUUUCAAAAAAUUCUUACUGUUAUUACUGUCUAGUCUCAGCAACGAACUUUUUUUCUUUUUUUUUUUUUGUUUUGUUUUGUUUUUUGAGACAGGGUUUUCUCUGUGGUUUUGGAGGCUGUCCUGGAACUAGCUCUUAUAGACCAGACUGGUAUUGAACUCAUAGAAAUCCGCCUGCCUCUGUCUCCCUGGUGCUAGGGUUAAAGGCGUGUGCCACCAACGCUCGGCAUGAACUUAUCUCUUGAAGAGAAAAAUUACCAUAGGGACUCUGGCUUCUGUCACAUGCCGAUAUUUUAGUUGUGUGGAAACAUUGGCGAGCAAUUAUUUUUCCUGUCAGAACACAUUGCCAGUUAGAGCUGUAAAAGGCAGAAUAUGUUUUCUUGGAGGGAGAAUACCAAUUGUUUUUAAAUUUUCAUAGUAACUUCUAAUAAUUCCAUUUGUAUAAUUUUUGUAAUAAAUACCUAUUUUGAAAAAUG